AUGGCCAUGCUCCGUGGUAGCUCUGUCUUGGCAUCCUCCUGGGACCAGCAUGUCCUGGACCAGCAGAGGGGCAAUUUUGGAGAAGACCCUCAAACAUCCAGGGAAGUUUGGGGAUGCUGCAAGAAUGGAAGCUGCUUGCGUGGAGCAGCCCUGCUGCCCUACGUGCCCCGCGUGCCCCCCGCGGCACUGCCGGGGAAGCUCACCGCAACCACCUUCGCGCUGGAGAGGCCCUGCUGCGUCUUCGACCGGCAUGCCAAUGCCUCCGAUGCCGUCUGGCUGGUGGUGGCUUUCGCCAACGCCUCGGACGCCUUCAGAAACCCUCCAUCCCGGGCCGAUGUGCCCCUGUACGAGCGGCUGCCCACCGCCCGCUCCUAUAUGACGCUGGAGAUGGCAGCGGACGCAUACGCCUGCUCGGCACCGAGCCCGGCCGUCCUGAGGGUUGGGGGCGACACGGCAUGUGCGGACCAGGGUGGCUGUGACUCCUGCAACGGGCCCCUGCCCUCCCCGGGGCCCUACAGGGUGAAGUUCCUGGUGAUGGGCUGCCAGGGCCCCAAAGCAGAGACGAGGUGGUCCGACCCCAUCCUCCUGCGGAGAGGUACCGGUGGCACUGCCGUCCCCCCGCGAGUCCCCUGCACCUGCCCGGAUGGGGUGCCGGCACGUGGCACGGUAUCGGCCCUAUGCCGUCACCCCAAAACCCAGAGGGCAGAAGCGGUCCUCGAUCUCCCCCGGCCGCCCCAUCCCUCCCCUUUCCAUCGCACCAUCCCUGAGCCCCCUGUGUCCCCCCCAUAUCCCUCAUCCCGCCUCCUUCCAGCCGGCAGCCCGAGCACCAUCGACCCCGCGCCCGCGCGCCGCGGCAGCGACGUGGUCGUCAUCACCUCCAUCCUCGCCAGCCUGGGGACCGUGCUGGCCGCGGCAGUGCUCGGCGCCGUGGGCACCGAGGCGUGGAGGUCCCUGUGCCGCCGGGAUUCGGGGACCGGCACCUUCGCCCACAGGUCCUACAGGACCCACCACAUCCCCCCGGCCCUGCCCCAGCCCCUGCCCCCCGGCUGCAGGUGCAGCCCCCCGGGGCUGGGCUGCUUUGCCCCCCGGCCUCCCGGUCCCUGUCCUGCCGAGUAAACU